AUGUAUGGACCAAAUCUACUACUUACACUCGUUUUUAUCUUCUUCACCUAUUUUACUCAAUUUGCGGUAUCCACGUUUGUUGAUAGUCUGAUUUGUCAUACAAAAGAUGCAUGGUUCAAACUACGACCGUUUAUUACUGAUGUUGCCAUGGAUAAGGAACUGAAGAAACUAAAGUUUUUUAUAAACUCACAAGUGCUAAAUUACUAUGGAAACAAUAGCGAUACAGAUGCAGCUAUUAGUAAUUAUAAUCAAACAACAGGUUUGUAUACAACAUUGCAAGUCAAAGUAAACUAUAUGGGACGACAAAUUAUAGACGAGACAAGAAACUUUUGUGAUGUUGUAUCAGUUAAGGAUACCCCUGCGUAUAGAAAAGGACCGAGAUUCCCAGACUAUUGGACCAACCUGAGUCAUAUUAUUUCAAGAGUUACAAUACCGGAUCUACAUACACAAGAAACAUUUAGCAACAACUCAUUAAUAGGACAUUUCAAUGAUACUGAUUUAGGAUCAUCCGAUUCAACCAUUUCAGAAUUAUUUUCCAAUGCUACCGGGGAGCUAGUACAGUGUCCUUUAUACUAUAAUGAUUCAAUCAUGAUUUAUUAUGAAGCUGAUAUUAGCCAACAUUUCCAUCGACUAGGGUCAUACCAGGUGUCUUUUAUUGUUUAUGACAACAAUGAAUACAAAGACAUUAUCGGAUGCAGUAAAUCAUACGUCACUUUGAUACAGCCGGCCUUUAUCGAUGAUGUAAUAAACGUCGGCGUCUUGGUUCUUUUAGUAACUACAGUAGUGGUCAAUAUAUUCACAGUGACUUGUUCGUCCUAUCAAGAGUCUACUAAUCCAUACUUAUUCAAGGCCUCCACAAUAUGUAAUGCCAAACUUUUAAAACAAGGAGAUGCAAGUUUAUCAGGAAUUAUAACUUAUCUUCAAUAUGCGUUAUUUCUUGGUGGGUUGGACCUACUGUAUCCGGGGUUUUAUCAACCCAUGAUAGGACAAAUUUCAUGGUGUGCAUUGAUAGAUUUCAUCCUUGUUAAACAAGAGUCAACUCGUCAUGAAAUCCAGUCGGAUGAUGGAGUAUAUAUCACUCUUUCAGCGGGGGGACUAUCAAGCUUGACGCAAUACAACUCACAUACUCAUAUAGGAGACACUUGGCCCAAUUUCAUGGCAGAUUUAGGAAUAGUAAUUUGCGCGUCAAUUGUGUUGAGACAGCUAAUUGUUUUCUUGAAGAGGCACCUCGAUAAAGCAUUGAAACGACAUUAUCAUAAAUCCCUUGUGAAAAACCCAUCAGCAUUUAUGUUUUUUUCUAGAAAGAAUUUGUAUUUAAUCGUGGGACAAAUUUUACAAAUUUGGUUAUCUGUAUUUGGAAUGCCAUUUGUUGUCUUGAGUUUAUUUAUGUUUCUUGCUGCUAAUGAUCUCAAUGGUAAGCAUCGUUAUUUUGCAAAUUUCCAUGAUUUGAAAAUAGGUGCUCUUUCAUUCACCACACCUUAUGAUGAGUUACGAAUACCACACAAAUUAUUUUCUUUUGGAGAAUCAUUUGUAACUCCAUGGGGAGAUUACAUGUCUAAAUGGAGGUAUGCUACUGGAGCUAUCUCCUCUACAAGCAAAAGAGCGUCUUUAAACACUGCACCAACAUCAUUUGGGCGGGACCCAGGUACUGGUGCAUUGGGCAAUUUUAGUUUUGAUUCACGAUAUAUUAAUGGAACAGCUCAACACGAUCACCGCGCUGACAGCUAUUUAAAAAUUUCCAAUAUCAACUUAUCAUUGGCGUCUAUUUUCCUCGCAGUAUGGCUUAGUUUAGUGUUUUUCUUCAUAUUUCACUACUUGAUUUCAUUUUAUGGGAAAUUAAAGAUUAAAACCUCAUCCAAUGUUUCAAGAUUGUACACCAACUUGAAAUCCAUUUUAAUUUGGUCGUUCUUGUACCAUAAAUACAAACCACAACGAGUCAGUUAUGUUAUAUUUGACCUUAUAAUAAUGUUUGUCAAUCUGGUUAUUAUUGGAGCACUCCAGAAUAGUGGCGUUGCUCAAGUUUCAUGUUUGGUUGUGACUUCUGUUGUUGAAUUGAUUGCCUUGUUCACUUUGAAGCCCUACUUUGUUCCACUUACUCCUUGGUCAUCACAAUUUAUGUUCCCCGUGGCGAAAUUUCUUUGCACGGCACUUUGUAUCCCAUUCAUUGCAUCAGUUAAUGCUAGCGAAGCAGUUAAAACGUACGUGGCGUACAUUCAAUUGAUUAUACAUAGUGUGGUGGUUGUCAUAUUCAUCACUCAAUUGAUUUACUGGUUGAUUAGAACAUGCAUAUCCAUUUACAAGUCCCGAGCCAAGACCCAGCCCAUUCUUCAACAAGUUAGUGCCAUCAAUAGCCAAGAUGAUUUCGAAAGACAAUUUGAAUAUACGGCUGUCGUCUCACCAUUUAAUCAAAUGAAACGCCAUUUCACCAACGAAUCAUAUCGCAAUCCAACUUGGGCAUCCAGUGGUGAAAAUGAUGAUGGAUUAUCAUCCAUUGGUGAAGAAGAAUUCUUAUUCCGUGGUCGUGGAGCUAGACUUGCAAACAUAAAUGAAAUGACCAACGACAACAACCAUCCCAAUGACUCUUCCUCAGAUUCCUGUUCCAUCCAAUCAUCUUUUGUUCAACAAUUACGAGAAUCGGAAUUACGAAAAUUGAAAAAUGAUUAUCGAAUACGUGAAAUUGACCAAGUUUAUGAAAAAUAUUUCGUCAAUGAUGAUAUUGAUCCCGAGGUGAAGGAAUUGUGGGAAAGUAGAAAAUUGGCCAAUGGGAUUUUUCAUGAUGCUUAUUGUUCUAGUAGUAGUGGAAACAAUCAUAAUCGUGUUAACAAGGAAGAUAAAGGUUCGUCUACCUUUGGCAUCAAGUUAAGGAAUAUUGUCAAUAAACAACAACCUAGGCAAAUGGAGCCUGCAUUUGUUGUUUCACGACCCCGUCCUUUGAUUGUCAGGACUUUGGAUGAAGUGAAACAGAGGCAACUGCAACAACUGCAACAACUACAACAGCGAGGUGGGGAUGACUUAUCAGAGAAGGAUUACACUGUUUCUUCAAUAGACUAUUCGAUCGAGAAAAAAUAA